GGGAACCCUCUUUAGUUUAAUAUGAGAACCCCUGUCAACAGAAAACAGCGCUGAUAUUGUUGUUAAGUGUGACAAACUGGCAAAUGCAAUGGGCACCACGCUGGAACAAUGCAAACUGCUUAUAUCAAUGGAAGAGGCGAUGUUUAAAAGUGAGAUAAAGGCGGACAGCGAGAGGCUGUCAAGGAAGGUUCGAUUCCGCGUUGCGUCCUCGCACAGCGGGAGGGUGCUGAAGGAGGUGUACGCUGACGGGGAGGCUGCCGACUCUCUGGACUCCGAGUAUGCCAGUAGCUCAGAGACUGACCAAACCAGCCGGCUGAGCGAAGUGGAUGGGCAGCAGAAUGGACACGUAGGGUCCGAGUGUGACGAAAAUGAGAACGAGCAGGAUGACUUGCUCAUUUUAGUCAGAGCCACUAAAGAGAGGAGGUUUGGUACAAAGCGAGUCAACAUCCUCAGCAAAAAUGGCACAGUCAGGGGAGUCAAGCAUAAAGUGAGCGCUGGUCAAGCCCUCUUCGACAAUUUGGCAAAAGUAUUUCAGGUAUCAACAGUGCCAGAGUUUGGCCGCAUAGUAAUUUAUACUACCAGCCUUCGCGUGGUGAGAACCACUUUUGAAAGAUGCGAACUGGUUAGAAAGAUUUUUCAAAAUCACAGAGUUAAAUUUGAAGAAAAAAACAUUGCUCUGAACAGUGAUUAUGGAAAAGAACUAGAUGAAAGAUGCAGGAGGGUCUGUGAAGUUCCCUCACUCCCUGUUGUGUUUAUCGAUGGCCAUUACCUUGGGGGUGCUGAAAAAAUUUUACUAAUGAAUGAAUCUGGGGAACUGCAGGAUCUCUUAACCAAAAUUGAGAGAGUCCAGCAUCCUCAGGAGUGCCGCUCUUGUGGUGGCUUUGGUUUCCUGCCGUGCUCAGCGUGCCAUGGGAGCAAGAUGUCUGUGUUUCGGAACUGCUUUACAGACUCAUUCAAAGCCCUCAAGUGCACUGCUUGCAAUGAGAAUGGGCUACAGCGCUGCAGGAGCUGUGCAGGCUGAGAAUGGCAUCUCCACAUGUAAAAACUAAUUUUAUGGUACUGCACCAGUUUGUAAUAUGUUUUUU